CACAUUCGUCCGUAAAGACACCCGAAAGUUGGUGGCGUCAGACCAGGGACUUGCGUUGUGCGGUGCUGCCUGAACCCAAGACGCUAUCGGGCAGACGUGAUUGACGAUGCGGUCUGCAAUUUCACUUAGAAUUGUGCUUCCGGCGGUGACAUUUGGAGCAUUUCUCUUAACUGUACGAAGGAAACACGUAGCCUUCCUUAGCGUCGUCUUGUUGCUGAUAAGGCAGAAAUGUUAGCAACACUCUCCCAGGAAGCCUCCUUCAAGAGCGAGACAAGCGGGCCAAGUGGCAAGGCAUCCCUACUCUGCUGCAGAAGCUCUACGAGAGCAGCCAUCCCAACAGUGACCUCUCGCACGCCCAUGGCCUACUGAAGGUGUUAUUGUCCCAGCUGUCCAUGGAGGCCAUGUCUUUUGUCACCGAGGACAGGAAGACCAUCCAGGAGUCCACCUUCCCCAACACACACACCUUUGACCUUUUUGGUGGAGUCGAUCUGCUGGUUGAGCUCUUGAUGAGACCCACACUAACUAUGCAGAAGAAAAAGGCCAAAAUGAAUGAUGAUUUGGUGAAGGACUGCCUUAGUAUUCUCUACAAUUGUUGUAUCUGCGCGGACGGGGUGACCAAAAGUUUGGCGGCUCGGGACGACUUUGUCCUCUUCCUUUUCACCUUGAUGACAAACAAGGAGACCUUCUUGCAGACCGCCACGCUGAUGGAGGACAUUCUUGGAGUUAAAAAGGAGAUGAUCCACUUAGAUAGCAUCCCCAACCUAUCAGGCCUGGUCCAGAGCUUCGACCAGCAACAGCUGGCCAACUUCUGCCGCAUCCUGUCCGUCACCAUCUCGGAACCUGAUUUGGGGAACGACGACAAGCACACCCUGUUGGCGAAAAACGCCCAGCAAAAACGCAACUCGAGCCCCUCGCGUGCAGAGGUCAAUCAAGUCACCUUGCUGAACAUCCCCGAAUUUAUUGAGCGUCUGUGUAAGCUCGCCACAAGGAAGGUGUCGGAGGCCACGGGCGCCAACUUCCUGCAGGAGCUGGAGGAGUGGUACACGUGGCUGGACAACGCUCUGGUGCUGGACUCCCUCAUGCAGAUGGCGACGGAGGAGGCGGAACAAAGCAGCACAGAGUCAUCAGAUGAAAGCUCCCUGGCCACCAGCCCGCUGAGACAUCGGCUCCCGCCAUCCAUGAAGAUCGUCCAUGAGAUCAUGUACAAAGUGGAGGUGCUCUACGUUCUCUGCGUGCUUCUCAUGGGCAGACAGAGGAACCAGGUCCAUAAGAUGCUGGCUGAGUUCCGUCUCAUACCAGGCCUCAACAAUCUGUUUGACAAGCUCAUCUGGAGGAAAUACACCGUCACCAACCAUGUCGUCCAUGGCCAGAACGAGAACUGCGACUGUAGCCCCGAAAUCUCUUUCAAGAUCCAGUUUCUGCGUCUUCUCCAAAGUUUCAGCGACCAUCACGAGAACAAGUACCUCCUGUUGAACAGCCAAGAGCUGAAUGAGCUGAGUGCCAUAUCCAUGAAGGCCAACAUUCCCGAGGUGGAGGCUCUGGUCAACACCGAUAGAAGUCUUGUAUGCGAUGGGAAGAAGGGCCUCCUCACGCGCCUCCUCACUGUCAUGAAGAGGGAGCCUCCGGACUCGUCCUUCAGGUUCUGGCAGGCGAGGGCGGUGGAAAGUUUCCUGAGAGGAGCCACUUCCUACGCCGACCAAAUGUUCCUCCUGAAGAGAGGACUACUGGAGCACAUCCUGUUCUGCAUCAUCGACAGUGGCUGCACUUCCAGAGACGUCCUCCAGAGCUACUUUGACCUUCUCGGGGAGCUCAUGAAGUUCAACAUCGACGCCUUCAAAAGGUUCAACAAAUACGUCAACACCCCCGAGAAGUUCCAGAUGUUUCUGACCCAGAUCAACAGUUCUCUGGUGGACUCCAACAUGCUGGUGCGCUGCAUCGUGUUGUCCUUGGACCGAUUUCAGAGCCAAACCGAGGAUGUCAAAGUGGUGGAGGUGCUGUCCGAGUGCUGUCUGCUGUCCUACAUGGCCCGGGUGGAGAACCGACUCUCCUUCCUGUUCCGCCUGGUCAACAUCAUCAACGUGCAGACGCUCACGCAGGAGAACGUCAGCUGUUUGAACACCAGUUUGGUGAUCCUGAUGUUGGCCCGCAGGAAGGCCAAGCUGCCCUUCUACCUGAGCGCCUUGCGUGAGAAGGAGUACGCCGAGAAGUACCCCGGCUGUCUGCUCAACAACUUCCGUAACCUCCUUCGCUUCUGGCAGUGCCACUACCUCAACAAGGACAAAGACAGCACCUGCCUGGAGAAUAGCUCCUGUAUCCCCUUCAGCUAUUGGAAGGAGACGGUGUCGGUGCUCCUGGGCUCAGACAGGACUUCUCUGUGCGCAAUAGCCAGCUACAUCGACGAGCCCUUUAUGGACCUGGACAGAGACCUUCUGGAAGAUUGACCAUCGCCGUGGAGACGGCAAGCGUGGACGCCUGACGCUCGUGCGGACGCCACUGAGCCGAGCCGUCGGGGCCCCCGGCGGCUCGCCCGCGUGCCGCACGUUCCUCCCCACGGAGUCUUGUCUCCAGGUCCUCCACAAAGGAAGCACACCCCUCCGUGAGGACUACGGACCUUUUGGGAAUGACCCCCUCAUUGGUUGUUGCUUUAGUUGGAAUCAAAAUAGAGCUUUUUAUAUUCAUCCAAAAUUCUAUGGCGACAAAUGUUCCAUUCGGCAAACGGUUCUGAUCGCAAUCAACAAGCUUUGGACGUGGCCGCGCCCCCGCCCUCCGCCCUCCGCCCCCCGCCCCCGGUCCCUCAGCACACCUCCAUGGCCUCAUGAAGGAAAUAGGGACUCCUCGGCCAUCUUUAUUUCCUCUCCUUUUUGUCGUCGGUGCUCUCUGGUUGCAUCGGUUAGCUGGACCGCAGGAUGCGUUCACACGUUCAAACCCCCACAUUCAUUCUCCAUUGGGCGACGUCUUUCAUUUGCUUUUAGCUGUAGAAUAAAACGCUGUUAUUGUUUAUUAUACAUUUUGUUGAUGAAUCAAAUUAAUUUUGUAUCCUUUUGGGAACCGCUUUGGGAAGAGAAUAAACUAUGCAGGCGCUCCAGGUUUUACAUUUAGCCGUUUGAUUUCUGACAUCCGUUCUCCGCUGGCUUUCUCCCGACGACAAUCUGGCAGAGCGGCGGCUCUUUUUUGCACGUUUCGGGGAGUAGGGAGGUGCGGACGCGGCGUCUCCACGGAAGGAUGCUGACGUGGGAAUGGAUGAGCUACCUCAUUGCAUCGCUCAGACGGGACACUUGGCCUCCCGGCACGUCACGGGUCGCGACACGUCACGUGUGAAUGUACCACUUCCACAUUGCUGCUGCCUUUGGGUCGCCCGCAGGCGCUCAGACCUUUUCUUUGCAUCUUCCGUCACUUAGCAUGUCUUCGACUCCAAUGCGAAAAGUUGCUUUGUCGUGAGCGUCGCCAAGGAGGAGAUCACACGGUCGCUCCUAAAUGAUGAGUCAUGGUUGCUACGCUACUUUGCAGGUUAGCUGCUUUACGAGCGCGAAUGUUCUGGUUCAGUUGACGUGUAAACGCGACGCCAUCGCUUUUGUACGCUGGAUGGAUGUCAAAUAAGCCUUAGCGUGGAAAAAGCGAUGCGGGGGCGCGGCUCAAAACCUUGCCGAUGCAUCGUGUGAAUGUUUCCACUCUUUGACGUGAACUUCAGCACAACGAGGACGUGUCCAGUAGAAGUAUCUAUCGAUGGUCCUACUCGCAUGCAGGGAGACUUCCUCAUGGAAGGACACAGGAAACACUCAUGGCGGCGUUUAUUCAAACAUCUGCUGGUACAAUUUGUGCUUGAAAAUAGCAAAGCUUGUUACAAUCACAGUAAACUUGGUUUGGCGUCUGUAAGAACCUCCUUCUGGUCUCCACGUUGAAAUUCAUUUCCUUUCUUUAACCAUCGUUUGUCCAAUAAAGUCACUUCUUCAGACCGUUA